CGAUCCUCAGCCCAGCAGAGAGAAACUGAGACAUGGACUCAACACCGGAGCCACUGCAUCAUCAUCUCCACCGUAACGCCGCCCGCUUCCUCCACUCCACCACCAGCUCCCUCCUCUCUCUCCUCUCCACUGCCAAGACCAUGCCGACCCUUCCGCAAUCCAAAAUCUGUACGCCCUUCCUCUUCUCCGACUCGUCUCACCAACUCACUCCCUCGCCUUUCGAAUCCACUCAGUCCAACUCCGUCUCUUCAACGUCAGCAAUUAAGGGCGUAUCGUCGGCGGAGUCCAGCUCGGGGUUCCCAUCAACGGUUAGGAUUGCGGGACUCAGUUCAAGUGGCAAGGGCGGGGGUCCUGCCUUUGUGGGACAAGUUUUUAGCAUGUGUGAUCUUUCUGGGACUGGUCUCAUGGCUGUUUCUACCCACUUCGAUAUUCCCUUCAUAUCGAAAAGGACACCUGAGUGGCUUAAGAAGCUAUUUGCAACCAUUACUAAGAGUGAGAGGAAUGGCCCUGUUUUUCGGUUUUUCAUGGAUUUGGGUGAUGCAGUUUCAUAUGUCAAACAUCUGAAUAUUCCUAGUGGCGUGGUGGGUGCAUGCCGUCUUGAUUUAGCAUAUGAGCAUUUCAAGGAAAAACCUCACAUGUUUCAAUUUGUUCCAAAUGAGAAGCAGGUAAAGGCAGCCAACAGGCUUCUUAAGACAAACCCUCAAAAUGGCAGAAGGAAAAAGGUCGAUGGUGUUCCUAUUUUUGGUGCUGAAAACUUGGAUAUUGCAAUAGCUACUUCUGAUGGUAUUAAGUGGUAUACUCCUUACUUCUUUGAUAAAAACAUCCUGGAUAACAUUCUUGAAGAAUCUGUUGAUCAGCAUUUCCAUGCUUUAAUUCAAACUCGGCACGUGCAUCGCCGACGUGAUGUGAUUGAUGACAACUUUGCUGCAGAUGUGAUGGAAGAACUUGGAGAUAGUGUAUUGGAGCCUCCAGAGGUUCAGGAAGUCUUGGAUGAGAUUGGUCAUCCUGGGAUACCUUGGACUGUUAUUUCAAAGGCUGCUGAAAUACAGCUUUUCCAUGCUGUUGACAAAGUGCUUCUGGGAAAUAGGUGGUUGCGGAAAGCUACAGGCAUUCAACCGAAAUUUCCUUAUAUGAUUGAUUCAUUUGAGAGAAGGAGUGAAGCUUCUUUUAAGAGAGCUGCUGAGUCAGCCUGUUGCCUUACCGACUUUAAAACAAAUAACGGUACUGCAGUGGAGCCCAUAUUAGAAGAUAAUGGUAAAGCCGACUCUAGACAAGAGGGUGAAUGUCAACAAAGAGCAGAUACACGAAUGCAAAGCUCAUCAGACGAAUGCAUUAAUUGCAACCUACAAUCCAACCCAUUUCUUCCAAAGAUCACAAUGGUUGGUAUCUCAACAACAGAGGGGCAAAUGAGCAAAUCUACCGUAAAGAAGACAAUGGACAAUCUAACAAAAGCAUUGGAGAAGACAGAGCAAGGAAAUGUGGCUGAUGUUGAUAAAAAUGAGAUAAAAGUCGAAGAUAGGGAUCCACUAUUUGUUGCAAACGUGGGUGAUUACUAUGCUAGCUUCUCAAAGACAGGCUCAGCACGAUGGGUUCGUGGAGGAAACAACUGAAACAACUUCACUGACUAAAUAUUUCUCUGGUAUGAGCUGGCCAACAAAGUUAUAUUUAUGAAAACUGACGAGAGGAAAAUAUAUGGUCAGAAAUGCGGUUUUUCAUUCAACAGGUCGUGUAUAUUUCCUAGGAUAGAAAUUAGAGUAACUAUAGCAUGCUAGUCUGAGAAUAUCAAUGUAUCAUUCUGUAUCAGCAAGAUAAUGUUUGUAAGGAAAAAUAGUGAAACCGGUCCUAGUGAUCUUUUUUUGGUUGAGAUUCAAAAUCUGUAUUGUUAAUCCGGCUUUCAAUUUUUGACAUUAUAUGAUUAUUCUUUAUGUAAAAGAAUAAACUUUAUACCUUCAG